UCGCGCUUGAUGGCGGUUUAAACGAGGCUGGAGGUUUGAAACCGUCAGAGCAGCGGUGGAGUCUGAAGGCUGCGGCGGGUCGGAGCUCAGCGGCGGUUCAUCCCGAGAGGUUGUUGGAUUUAUGAGUUUGUCGGAGAGUUUUGACUCCAGCUGAACAACAGAAACACAAAACAGAGAGAAAGAGAGAAGAAGAAGAAGAAGAAGAAGAAGAAGAAGAAGAAGAGAAGAAGAAGAAGCUUCAGUCCGCGCUGAUGUAAAGCAGUACGAGGUCAAAGGCUCAAGACUCCCGUUCUCCUUCCGACACUUAAAGCCAGGAACCAUUAAACAGGUACAUAUGGGGCAGGGCGAGGUUUCAGCUCGAGGCUCAGCCAUGGAGGGAGACUGCCUCAGCUGUAUGAAGUACCUCAUGUUCAUCUUCAACUUCUUCAUCUUUCUGGGCGGCUCCUUCCUGCUAGGUGUGGGCAUCUGGGUGCUGCUGGACCCGAUGGGCUUCAGGGAGAUCGUGGCGGCGAACCCCCUCCUGUUCACCGGGGUCUACGUCAUCCUGGCCAUGGGCGGCAUGCUGUUCCUGCUGGGCUUCCUGGGCUGCUGCGGCGCCAUCAGGGAGAACAAAUGCCUCCUGCUCUUUUUCUUCAUGCUCAUCCUCUUCAUCUUCCUGGCUGAACUGGCUGCUGCCAUCCUGGCGUUCCUCUUCAGGGAACACUUAACCAGAGAGUAUUUCAGCCGGGAGCUCAAGCGUCACUACCAAGGUCAGAACAACACCGACGUCUUUACAUCCACCUGGAACGCCAUCAUGACCACGUUCGACUGCUGUGGCGUCAGCGGCCCCGAGGACUUCGAGGAGAGUCUCUUCAGGCUCCUCAGCCCCAGUAAGAUGGUCCCUGAGGCCUGUUGCCAGAGGAACAGUUACCUUGGAGCUGGCAGCGUGGAGCAGUGUGUGAGCGGCAGCGUGGCCUUCAGACACAACAAGGGCUGUUACUCCGCGAUGGUCAGCUACUUUGAGACGUACAUUUACACAGCAGGAGCUCUGGCCAUCGUCGUGCUGACAAUCGAACUCUUCGCCAUGGUGUUCGCCAUGUGUUUAUUCAGAGGAAUCCAGUAACCGAUGCGUCCACUCGCAUCCUCACCAGCCUUCAGAGGCUCCAGCAGAAGGAAAACUGUAAAAUAUGAAAUGUAUUUGUACAGUGAUAGUUUUUAUGUGUCUCAUCGGUUUUGUGACAUCAUUUCGUACUUCACAGCAGCAGCGAGGCGUUUGAGGUACUUUACUUUGGGCACAAUAGACACACACAGGAAGUGACCUGUGGCCGGAGGAGGAGCUCUGCUAAAGGAUCAGCAGCGACGCUGAGAGGUCCAACAAGCUGAACUUGUCCAGGACCGGUCUGUGAUCAGGAAACCAACAUGUGAUUUAAAGCCCGAUUUAAUCAUGAUGACUGAGUCCGAACAGUUCAGGUACAAUCAGCACACACAGUAUUAUGAUACAAUAAUGUCUGUUUGGUUAAUGUGAAGAUGAUCACAACACGUUGGGCCUCAUGCAACAACACUUUCAUGUUCUCACCACAAAGUCACGUGUGUGUAUUAACUGCUCACACCUGUUCGUUUUAACUCCCCAGAUGGUUUCAUCAGACCACCUGUUCAACAAACACAGAUGUUUAUAUCCUGCUCUCAGGCAAAAUCAUUCAGAGGUGACAACAGUCCACACAGUCUUUCCUCCAGUACAGUAACAGAGUUCAGGCUCUGACAUGGACUCAGAGUAUCAGAGUAAAAAGUCUCCCUCUGAAGGACAUUUGUGCUCAAAGCUAACUGAAGCUCACGUCAUAUUAAUAGAAUUCA